CAGAAAAGAUUCCUCGGCCUUCCCCGAAGAGGCCAAUGGAUCUCCCCCGACCAACGAGCAGCAUUUUGAAUCCACUAGCAAAGAGGCUUUCUUCAGCCGCGUGGAAACAUUCACCUCCCUCAAGUGGGCGGGCAAACCCCAUGAGCUGUCACCCCUGAUCUGCGCCAAGUAUGGAUGGACCAACGUGGAGUGCGACAUGUUGAAAUGCUCCAGCUGCCAAGCGUACCUCUGCGCCAGUCUCCAGCUGUCGUUCGACUUCAGCAAAUAUAAGCAGAGGUGCCAGGAGCUGCAGAAGGCCUUGCUGGGAGCGCACGAAAAAUUCUGCUUCUGGCCAGACAGUCCUUGCCCAGAUCGCUUUUCGGUGCUGCUGGUGGAGGAGCCGCGUGCUCUUUUCGGCGACUUCCUGGAACGCUUCCAAACGCUGUGCCAGCUGCAGCUUCAGCUGCCCUCCCUGAAGCCGGACAGUCUCAAAAACGUG